AUGAGUGCCAUCGCAGGAUCGCAGGACACACUACCUUACAUUGGACAGCUGACGGGAAUCUUGUUGGAAGAAGAUGAGGGGCUGUAUCUGGACAGUGAGGAUCUGCAGUCAGCAUUCAACCUGUUCUCCAUGCCAGACAAGUGGUUGGCCUACCUUGCGUACAGCAAGAAGGUGGACUCAGCCGCCUUUGGCAUGCCUCCUGGGACGCAAGUAAUUACGUCCAGCACUUUGUGUGGUUCCAUUGGGUGGCACUCGGCAGUCGCCUUGGUCCAAGAGGCGGUGCGAACACUCGUCUUUGAGAAGGCCAAAAUCCCUUGGCAGUACUCGAUUGAGAAGCAUGCCAGGCUGCCUGAAGAGAAGAUCUACACGAUUGUGUACUUUGACAACUUUGAUGAGAUUCACGUGGUAAAGAGGGAGGAGAGCUUUCCCCCCACCAUGAACAAUUCAUCGCAGCAUGCGACGAUGCGAGACUGCCCAGGAAUCUUGGAAAACAGUUGGUACAUGCCUUUGCUGGAGGCCUCCAAGCAGGUGAGCUCGAUGGACAUCGGGGAGUUUCUGAAGCUGGCAGGUGAUAAGCUGAGGUGCUUCAUUGAGCUGAGUUUGGCCCUACUGUCCUGUUCUCGGUGGUCGGAGUUCUAUCUACGGCAUUGGACGGGCAAGACCGCAUUCAUGGCCACGUUCAAAGGAUCAUUAUUCUCAGGGAUCGCCAAUAUCUUCGAUUCUAUUGAAAGAGCCCGAAAAGGUCCAAUCAACCCGACCGCGGAAGUGAUUGACGAGAUUAUGUGCCUGUUGCUGCAAUCACCCUUGGCGCAGGUAAGCUUGAAGGCGAAGAUCUCACCUGAGAUCAGUUGCACAGAUGCCUCUCCCACUGGCGGCGGAAGUGCUACAGCCACGGCAUUCAAGAGUGGGCCAGACCCGCGUGGGCCCAUGGUGACCUUCGAAGGAAAGUGCAAUAACUGUGGGCACGACUUCAGCACUUCAAUUCCGACAAGAACUGAUGGAAGAUCAAAGUACCCCUGCCCAGUGGGGUGUGGAGCUUUGGUGUGCUCAGUGAGAUGCACCAUUGAGCAUCGCGAACACGGGUGCGCCCGGGACAUGUUCGCUUGCCCGCUCUUUGGAGAAAGGUUCAGUGGACCUAACUACCCCCUCACCAAAGCUGUCGUACUGGCCGGAAUAGGGGUGCAGCGUCCACUAGACCUGUUGGUCGCCGAUGAUCCGUGGGAUUACUCGACCACGGAAGGAAAGCAGAGGUUGGACUCUUAUGAAGUAGAGCCUGCCCUCAUGUCCAUCCACUACGGGCCCGAGUGCAAGACGUUCUCAGCGGCACGGGGAAAGCCCUUCCGAUCCACUGCCGGGCGCUGGCUAUCCGGACCGAGGGCAUUGAGGAGUGAGUUAAAACCGUGGGGGCUGGACCACUUGAGCCCUCAAGAACAAGUUCAAGUGAUUCAAGUGAGGCGAGGAAAUGCGAUGGCCAAGAGAUCGCUGAGAGGCUUGAAGACAGCAUUUGACAAUGACCGCCUGGCAGCCCUCGAGCAUCACUACAGUUCACAUCUUUGGUCCAUCUUAGAAGCGCUGGAGCUGGCCUCAAGGGAUGAUGUCUACCACACAUACUUCACAGCGUGCUGCUUUUGCGGGGCACGAACAAAAUGGACAAGCUUGCUACACAACAUUGAGGAACUCCAUGCCGCGUUGCAUCGGCCCACUUGCCCGGGACACGACGGGCUCCUACCGUAUGAAGUUCACGAGAUUGAUGGAUCUCUGCAAUUCGACACAGAACAAGAAGCAGAGUACACAUGGGGACUUUGUCAGGCUUAUGCUACUGGCCUGAAAAAGGUGCUCCAAAAGCGCACAAGUGUCCCGUUUGGGUUGGUGCCAUGGGGCCCCAAGGCCGCCAUUUUGGCCGCCUUGAAGCGUUCGACGCGUGGAACGCAGAGGUCGGACGUGGCCGGUGGAACUGCUGAUGAUGUUAUGCGUAUCCUGAGGACAAUGCGCCCAGGCCAUGAACGGCAUCACUUGCGAGGACUGCUCAGGGAGAUUUGCAUCAGAGGGACUGAGGUCCGGUUCGAAGCGACUGCAGAAGAUGGUUCGCUUCACCUGAUGGCUCCGUAUCCGGCAUUCAAAUGGCAAUGGAAAACAAAGCUCUCGUACCCGUGGAAGCACACCCAGCACAUCAACGUGCUUGAGGUGUCCGCCUUUUUGGUGGAGUUCCGCCGCCGAAUGCGGGAGAUUGUUCAGCUGGGUACAAGGUUCUUCAAUGUGACCGAUAGCCAAGUCGGCUUCUUCACCAUGUCAAAGGGUCGGAGCAAGUCCCCUCGCUUGAACCGGCUCCUUCGAAGAAUCAAUGCCCUGAUCCUCAUGAGCCAAGCUAUGCCCAUUCACCUCUGGACGAUUUCCAAAUGGAACUUCGCCGACGCCCCGAGUCGGCGUUUUGAGGAUCGACGGCAUGGCUGA